CUGCGUCGAAAAUGGACUGUUCCAGCUGCAUUUCGAAGUUGAAAGCGGGAGGAAGUCAGUUUUCCAGCACGAGCUGAAAGAACAGAGCUUUCUCUUUAUAACGUUACAAAAAAUAAAAAUACAACACAAUAAGUCAAGUUAUUAUAUUAGGAGUAUUCAGUGUAAGAUAACAAGAUUUUUAAUGUCAGAAUAUCAGGAGGUUAAAUCCUUUAUAACGUUAAUAGACUACACAAAAGAGUUAGCAAACAUUAGUAAACAUUGCUAGCUAGCAGAUAAGCUAAUUCGAUCAGGUUUAAGUGAUCUCUUGGUGUAUUUACACGAUUUGUUUAUCCUGAUCGAUUAGGAUUAGAGUUUAUAUUUAAUUUAUAGUUGUUUGGCUUUGUUGGGAUGGACGUGACGACGUGUCUGAAGUCUCUGCUUCUGGCGAUUCGACAAUACAGAACCAGCAGAGGCGCAUUGAACGCAUCACUGCUGCAGAAACACAUGGAAGACUUGUCUGCCUUAAAGGGCUGCAGGAUCUUGUCCUCAGGGCAGGUUCUCCCCAGUGAGUGUCUGAACGGCCUGCUGGAGGUAGCUGGAGAUCCCAACACCAGUCCUGCUCUUACAGGCUGCGUCCUGUCUCUGCUCGCUCAGCUCGCAGCAGAUGAUGAGAGCAAAGAGGCGCUUCAUAGCCGUUAUAACAUCGUUGGCCCGCUGGCGACCAUCAUCCACUGUAACAGAGCUACACCUGAGGAUCCGAUCGUGCUACAGUGUCUUCAGGUCCUGCAGCAUCUCACUUACAACGUCAGACUCCUGCACUGCGCGUCCCACAUAGACGACCUCCUCACGUUCCUCAUGCUCAACAUCCAGUCUCAGAAUGAUGACAUCACCAAGCCGUGCCUAGGCCUGAUGGCUAAUCUGUGUCGACACAACCAGUCUGUACAGAUGCAGAUUAAGUCUCAGAGUAAUGUUAAAGCUUUUUACAGAGCUUUACUGAACCUCCUCCGGCACAACUGCCUCACUGUGGUCGUCUUCGCGCUCUCGAUCUUGUCCAGCCUCACCCUCGGCGAGGAAGUUGGCCAGAAGUUGUUCAAUGCAAAGAACAUUCACCAGACCUUCCAGCUCAUCUUUAACAUCACAGUGAAUGGAGAUGGAACGCUGACAAGGAACUACGCUGUCGACUUACUGGUGGAUCUGCUCAAAAACGCCAAGAUUGCUGACUACCUCACCAAUUAUAAACACCUCCCUGUGUGUCUGAGCGAGGUGGUCGGCCUUCUCCACGGCAAAGACCCGGAUACAGCGGUGAAGGUUCUGGAGCUGCUCGUGUCUCUGUGCUCGGUUCCGCCCCUGCGCAGACUCAUCUGUCAGACGGUUUUAAAACCCGCCGCUCCUCGCCUGCAGCCCGCCGCCAGGAACCCCGCCCAGGUCAGGGGGGCGGAGCCGGGCCUGGCGCUGCUCCAGUGGGCCACAUGCCCCCUGCAGGGACCGGAGCGGUGCUGCCUGCUGGCUCUGGAGCUCUUCACUGAGCUGUUUGAGGAGGUGAUCGGUUCCUCGCAGUCCGGUUCCGCUCACUCGUUUCUGGAGCUCCUCCUCCCAGCGCUGCAGAGUUUACUGCAGACUCCAGACUUCAGCGCCGCAGACGAGCUGCUACAGAGGCACUGCGCGAGAGCUGGACGAGCGCUGGACCUCCUGCUAGUCCUGUGCGGAGACGACUUCCUGAAGACGCUGGUGGCGCAGCACGUGAGCUCGGAGCUGUGCGUGUCGCUGGUGGAGCUGCUGCUGUCUAACAGUCACGACUACGUCACCUCCAUCUGCUCGGACUCGAGCUCGCGGCUCAGCCACGUGUGCUGUGAGACGGUCCUGAAGACGCUGGAGCUGAUGAGCCAGCUGAAGCAGCACGUAGCCGACAUGGAGACCUGCUUUUACCGGAUGCUGCAGGACCAGCGCAUGGUGACGCCUCUGUCUCAGGCCCUGACGUCUCCGCACCGAGAGCGAGUACACACGGCGCUGCGCGUCCUGUUCGAAGCCGCUCCGCUGCCCGAUUUCCCCGCCGUCAUUUUAGGAGAAAGCAUCGCAGCGAAUAACGCGUACCGGCAGCGCGAGGGCGAGCUGAGCGUCAGAGGCAGCGGCGUUCAGGAGGACGGCGUCGCCCCAGCGAAGAGCUUUGCCCCGCCCACUGCUGCGCCGAACAGUCCGUCUCGCCAGAGCAUCGACAGCCUCAUCGAGAAACUGCAGAGCGGCAUUCAGUUACAGGAGCAGAUGAAAGACGUGCACAUGUCCGAGAUCAUCGACGUGUACGAACAGAAAAUCUCCGCCCUGGCCUCUAAGGAAGGCCGUCUGCAGGACCUGUUGGAGGCCAAGGCUCUUGCUCUGUCUCAGGCCGACCGUCUGAUCGCUCAGUACCGCUGUCAGAGAGCACAGGCUGAGGCUGAGGCCCGGAAGCUGGCGUCUCUGCUGAAGGACACGGAGAGGAGGAAGGAGGAGCUGCAGGCUGAGCUGAGCGAUCAGGUGAUGGAGGUGGAGAAGCUAAAGAGCGACAGUCAGCAGCUCCUGCAGCACAACAGCCGCCUGCAGGCCGUGUCUGACGAACACCAGAACCUGAAGAGCACCUACAACCAGCUGCUGAGCAGGUACAAUAAGAGCGAAGCGAUGCUGAAGGAGCUCCAGGCUGCUCACAUCUCCCUCACGCAGCAGGCCGAAUCCCUGAGGAAGAGCAACGAGGGGCUCAAACUGCAGCAGGAGAGGUUGUCGACGGAGCUGCAGCAGAAGGAGGAGAAGAUCUCAGCCAUGGAAGCAGCCAUGCAGGAGAAACACAAGACUAUAGCGGAGCUGCAGGCUGAGGUGAGGAGGCAGGAGGAGCAGGCCGGAGAGAUGGAGGAGAACGUCAACAUGCUGAAGAAGGAACUCGCCAAGACGGAGCAGGCCAGGAAGGACGCCAGCAUCAAGGCCUCGUCUCUGGAGCUGCAAAGAUCUCAGCUGGAGUCCAAACUGCAGAAGAAGGAGGAGGAGCUGAACAAACACACGCAGAUGAUCGCCAUGAUCCACAGCCUGAGCAGCGGCAAACUGAAGAACGACGCUACAGCCAACCUUUCUCUGUGACACACACACACACACACACACACACACACACACACACACUGUACACGUAUCCAGAUUAAUGGACUCCAGAAGUAAUGACUCCCUUUUUAGACACUGGUUUACAUGCACUACACACACACACACACACACACACACACACACACACACCAGCCAUGAUGAACUGAGAUGACAAACACAAUAUGAAAUACAUUUUUAAAUAUUUUUAACUCUGACAUCCAGGUACCUUACUGACUUUGUGUCUCGUUUUCUGUCUGCAAUUUUUCUACAUGUCAUUCCUCUCAUAUCAUAUUUUAAAUAAAUAAAUAAAUAAA